GAACAUGCCCAAGUCGAAGCCGGUCCCGCCCGAGGACCUCCUCAUCCCGCCGCAAGACAACCGGAUCUGCGGCACGAUAUGCAUGUGCCAGAUGACGGCCGUGCUGUCGAGCGUGGCGCUCGUCUACCUCACGGUGGCCGUGUACAUCCCCACGCUGCGCGCCUUCCAGUCGGGCAUCUCGGAGACGCCCGUCAUGUGCACGACGACGCGCGCCUGGCACCGCGAGUCCUGCGAGUGGGGCACAUGCGGUGAGUGGUGCCUGUCCAAGAGCUCCGGCGCCUGCAUCCAGAUCUACGUCAACCUGCGCCGCAACGGCUCCGACCUGCUGUUCGCAAACUGCUCGCAGACGGCCAACAAGACGUGCUACGGCAUCGACCAGGAGAACGCCAAGAAGAGCCGGUGCAUCGCGGACGAGUGCCGCAACCUGACCGGCACCUUCAACUGCACCAACGGCGAGUGCAUCAACAUUACGGACGCCUUCGAGUGUGUGUUCAAGGAAGUGGGGCCACCUCUCAAGUGCUCGGGGCGGCGCGGCAAAAUAAACUGUAUCGACAUGGCCGGCCUCCAGACGUGUGUGCGCGGGACUUGUAACAAAAUACUCACCCCCUACAACUGCGAAAGGCGCUGUCUCGAGAUCCCGACGCGCAACAAGAACAUGAUCUUGCUCAGUGGCGACAAGGUGUACCUGUCCUCGUGCGAGCGGGCUAUACACGUGGACACCGGCCGCGAAAUUUGGACGGAAGACGACAAGACCAUUUUGAUGGCGUCGUGCUACACGAUCGAGAACACGACCCAGGGCGUGGAGGCGGGCGACUGCAUCAACGGCACCCUGCUGUCGGAGAAUUUCUUCGGCGACCAGACCAACUUCACGUACCUGUCGCACGUGAGCGUGACGAACGUGCGCCUGCUCGACCGCAACCGCACGGUCGCGCCGCCGGAGCAGGACCUGCUCAUCGCCAACGAGUCGCACCUCUUCAUCAACAUGGAGGGCUGCGUGAAUACGCUGCGCGACGAGUGCAAAGAGUUCUUGCGCGAAUACGGCAAGGACGGCACCGACCACAACGCCCGCGCGCGCUUCCCCUGCUUCUACGCAGACAGCGACACGUCCAAGGUGGUGGCACGCUUCGACUUGGCCACCACCUACCGACAGUUCCUCGUUGCUUCCAUACUGCCGUCCACUCUCUUCGUUGUGUCCUGCUUCAUGCUCAUAUUCUGCCAGAAGACGGUCGAAGUCGGCGACGACGCCAAGAUGCGCUUCAAAGGCUGCGCCGCCUCCGACUUCAUCGCGCCCGGCGAGAAGGCCGCCUCCGCCAACAACCUGGGCGAUGGUGGCGGGGGAGACUCCGUCAUGGCACUCUGAGAUCCGUCACGCAUCCCCCUCCUACACGAGAGCCCCGCUCACCACCAGCAUAUGUUCCCGUUGCAAGACAACUGAGCUGGCCGCCACAGCGACGCACUCCGCUUAGGACACACCACGUCCACGUCACUCGCUGCCGCCGCUGCCGCUGCUUGCUCCCUUGUUGCAUGUACACCGAGGAGGGGGACGCGGGAUGCUGAAUCACUUGUGACAGCGCAACACGCUGCCACGGACAAUUGUUUCCAUCUUGAAUUAUCUUCGAGAGUAGUGUUCUUCGAGACGAUAAUUUUUUAGAUGUCUUUACAAGGAGUUUCAGACUAAUUAAAGGAUUUACGUAUUGAGAUUAUAGAGUAUUAAAUCUUGAGCAAUACAUUAUCUGCACCUUUGCUCAAAAUAUUCGAAUUGUGACUGCAAAAGUGAUACAAAGUGAAAUAUUCGUUCACGUUUCCAGACUGCUAACGAGUUUUUAAACAGUUGCAUAACAAAUAUAACACUUAUAGCACUGAACGUAAGUUAGUUAAUACUCUUCGGGUUUGAAAGAGAAGAGCUUAUUACGUUGUUGUUAUUGUUGUAGAAACUGAAGCUGUUCGUCAUUUGAUAAAUUUAUUUGUAGAUAUCUAGAAGUGUUCCUAUCCUUCUUCCCAGGAAGAAAAGUAUAGAAUUGUAGACUGUUUGCAAUAUCGUUGCUCAGCUGCAGUAACUCUUACACAACCUGCCAAAUUUAAAGUGUAUCUUUAUAAGAUAGCGCAGCUUCCUCGUUAAACUUUGGCCGUAGGAUUACCUAAGUUACUGAGGUAGCUGGUGUGAGAGGGAGAGUAAGCAACAUAAACUAAUUUGCUCUGGGAGUGAGCUGUGCCGGAGUCACUCUCUGCCAUGGGUUCCCUCAGCAGGGUGUCCAGAGACGAGGCACACGAGUCGUCUCUGGUGGAGAAGGCCAAGUUCUACACGUCGCUGUGCCUGGGCACGGUGGCCGUCGUGUCGGUCUUCGUUUUCCUCUUCCUGAUCCCGUUCGUCGUCGACCCGGCGGUGUCCACCAUCGUGGCGGACUACGACCCGGCGCCGGUGACGUGCGCCACGACGGAGCACGUGUACGCCGAGGGGCUGCACAACUGCUCGUGGGCGUCCUGCCGCGAGGGCUGCACGUCCGCGGCGCCGCGCUGCCACCAGAUCCUCGUCAACUACAGCCGGCGCGCGUUCGCUGCCGGCGCAGACCCGCCCGCCGAAUGGGACGUGGUCAACACGCGCUUCUUCGUGAACGCAGAAGGCUGCGGAUACCCACCCAAG